UUCACUGGGAGCAGGAUGGAGGUCUUGCUGCUCCUGGCAUUGAUGUUUGCGGCCAGUCCACGAGCACUGGGUGACAGCCCCGGCCUGGCGGCCAGGAUCACCAACCAGGGCCUGGAGUACGUGGCUGAGAAGGGGCUGGAGGCUCUGCAGAGGAAACUGCACACAAUCGCGCUGCCCGACAUCUCCGGGAAGUUCAAGAGGAGAGGACACUAUGAAAUCCGCAGCCUGAGCGUCCAGAGCUGUGAGCUGGGCCACUUUGCCCUCGCGCCCCUCCCCGGCCAGGGCCUGAGCGUGUCCGUCGCCGACUCCUUCUUCAAGGUCCAUGGCAAGUGGAAGAUACGCAUGAGCUUCGUGGCUCACCAGCGCGGCCACAAGGUGGACAGAAGGACCCGCAGCCCAGAGGGGAGGGCAGGGCCCGAGUCCUGGCUCUGGACCAUCUCUUGCCCAAUGGACGGCGAGCGGUCCAAGCUCCGAAGAGAGAUGGAGAGCAAGAUUUGCGAAAUGGUCCAGCACUCAGUGACCUCUGAUCUACAGCCUUAUCUCCAAACUCUGCCAGUCACAGCAGAAAUUGACAGUUUUGCCAGUAUCGAUUACAGCCUAAUGGAGGCACCUCGGGCCACAGACCGGUCUCUGGAUGUGAUGUUUAAGGGGGAGUUUUUCAACCCUGGUCACCACACCCCAGUUCCCUUCUCUGCUCCUGCCAUGAGCUUUCCUGAGGAGUACGACCGGAUGGUCUACUUCACCAUCUCUGAUUACGUCUUCAACACCGCCAGCCUGGUGUACCAUCAGGCCGGCUACCUGAACUUCACCAUCACGGACGACAAGAUUCCUCCGAACUCGACCAUCAGGCUGAACACCCAGUCCUUCCGUGCGUUUGCCCCUCAGUUAGCCAGGAAGUACCCCAACAUGAAUAUGGAACUCCAGGGGUCCUUGGCCUCUGCCCCGUUCCUGACCAUCAGUCCUGGGAACCUGUCUUUGGCACCGCAGAUAGAGAUUGAAGCUUUCGUGCUACAGCCCAGCUCUGUCAAGGAGCCUGUCUUCCGGCUUGCUGUGGCCACUAAUAUCUCCGCCGUGUUGACCAUCAAUAACAACAUCACUGGGUUCCUGAAGCCAGGAAAAAUACAACUGGAGCUGAAAGAAUCCAGUGUCGGAGUAUUUAAUGUGGAGUUUCUGGAAGCGCUGCUCAACUACUACAUCCUCAACACCCUCUACCCCAUGGUCAACGAGAAGCUGGCGGAAGGCUUCCCCCUCCCUCUGCCAAGCAGCAUUCAGCUUGAUGACCUUGUUCUUCAGACCCACAAGGACUUCCUGUCCUUGGGCGCCAACGUCCAGUACUUGAAGACUGAGGCCGAGGAGGCAGCGGGCAGUUUGGAAGCCACCGCUGGAUCAGCAAGUUGCAUUUCUUGAUGCGCCGCCGGGUCCCAGAGGUUUGGGGUGGAGGAAGACAGCUUUGCUCUGUGCUGUGCCCUGCCUGCCCCUCUUGCGGCUGGCACAAGCACCCCCUCUCACUUGGACUUCACACUCUCUGUACCCCACUGGCCUGUAAUAGCUUUGGGGGGGGGGUGCACCAUAUAUUCUUAUU